AUGCCUAAACCCUUCAAUACCAUUCCCUCAACCUCAUCCUUUAACCCCACCCCCUUCACCGUAAAUGUCUCCGAGCCAGAUCUACAGUCCUUCCGCCAACUAGUGGCGCUCUCCCAGAUCGGCCCGGAGACGUACGAGAACCGGGUUACCGACGUGAAAGAUCUGACCAGCUACGGCAUCAAACGGUCAUGGCUUGCGAACCUCAAAGACCACUGGGCGACGACGUACGAGUGGCGGAAAAUGGAAGAGAAGAUCAACUCGUUCCCCAACUUCAAGGUCGAGAUUGAGGACAAUGGGUUCGGGUUCGAGGUGCACUUCGCGGCGCUGUUUAGUAAGAAAAAGGAUGCGGUGGCGUUGCUGCUGUUGCAUGGGUGGCCAGGGUCAUUCUUGGAGUUCCUAGCUGAUGAGAGCAGCGGCGUUUUGAACGUCUUUCGCACCAAAUAUCCCGAAGACGAAUUACCCUACCACAUCAUCGUGCCCAGCCUACCUGGGUACUGUUUCUCCAACGGCCCGCCGCUAGAUCGUGACUUCAUCAUCGAGGACGUUGCCCGCAUCAUGGAUAAAUUGAUGACCGGUCUAGGGUUUUCCGCAUACGUAGCUCAAGGCGGCGAUCUGGGAAGCUACAUCGCACGUGUACUAGGCGUUCAGCACGCUGCGUGUAAGAUGGUGCACCUCAAUCUAUGUAUUGGCGUGAUGCCAGAGAGCGGAGAGGAGGAGCAGGCGCUGAAUAGUAGGGAUCAGGCGGCAGUGAGGAGGGCGCGGGACUUCACGAACAUGGGGUCUGCGUACGCACGAUUUCAUGGGACAAGGCCGAGUACGAUUGGACUCGUGCUGUCUACAUCUCCUGUGGCGUUGCUCGCUUGGUUCGGCGAAAAGUUCCUCCAAUGGUCCGACGAAUCGCCCCCGGACGAUGAGAUCCUCGACUCCAUAACACUAUGGUGGUUCACGAAGUCCUUCCCACGCGCCAUCUACCCGUACCGCCAGCCCUUCGGUCCAAAGCCCACUUUCUUCCAUCCAGAGAAGACUUGGUUCAUCGAGAAACCAUUGGGAUACUCGUGGUUCCCGAAGGAUUUGGCGCCGGUGCCCGUGGCGCUUGUUGCUAAGGCGGGAAAUCUAGUGUGGUCACGCAAACAUGAGGGAGGUGGCCACUUCGCAGCGAUGGAAAAACCCAUGCAAUUUGCGACGGACAUGGAGGAUUUUGUAGCACAGGAGUGGCCGACUGUUCAGGGGGAGUAG